CUUUAAAACGCGUUGCAUGACACGCGCAACAUAUACAUGAAAGAUACGAACGAUAAGCAUCGGGAAACUUUGGUGAACCACCGCGUGCCUCAUUUUGUCGGAUUCCAUGGAGAAAAGGUGGAUGCUUGGAAACGAUAGACGACGAACACGAGACAAUGUGGUCAACGGGGGCUACGACGACAGCAAGGAUAGCCAGCAGCAGCGGUGGUUACGACGUCGAACUGGACGCCGAGAGAUUGGAAGCGCGAUCAGCCGGCCGGCGCGCCGGCGGGGAGUAGUAAACGGGAUAUAUACGCGAGUGCGUGUUGCCGAGUACGGUAUUCGGCAGUCGACGCGCGACGUCCGAACGGAGCGGGUCGUAUUUUCUCGUCCCGUUCCGUCUGAACCUGGCCGUGUCCAAUAAGAAGUUGAUCGUGUCAUUCGAUAUUUAAUACUUGCGACGAGUGAACGAAGAAGAGGGAGACAGGGAGCAAAGAGCACCUAGAAUCAUUGAAAAUCAGUCGACAAUCGUAAAUGUUCGAUCGGUCUGUGUUUUAAGAUGACCGCCUCGGCACUGUCUCCUUUACCUUCCUCUCGCUUUCUUCGAUCCUUCUCCGCGUUCGGUUCUAUUCCGUCCACGUCAACGUCGUCGUCGUCGUUGUCAUCGUCGUCGUCGUCGUGGUCGUUGUCGCAGUCACCGUUACCGUCGCGUAGGAAGAAGAAACCAAACGAGCGGACGAUCCAUCGUGGUCGGCAUUGUUUGGCAUUACGCGUUAUGAGGAGCGGAUGAAUCGUCGCGUGGCCAAAGAAGUGGAAGAAAGUGAAAGAAUCGAAUACGGUUCGAACAGCAGUCGGACACUGUCGUAGUAUUUGGAAAUCUCGCAGACCUUCAUACCGCGUACUCGUUUCCAAGUCGAUCGCCAAACACCGUUUUCUCCGAUUCGUUGAGAUUCGCGCGAGUCUCGGCUGACAUGUUGGUCGACGCGUUUAAUGGUUGACGAAAGAGUAAAAGUUGAAGGUAAGAAAAGCGACGUAAAGAGGAGAUAAUAACGGUGUAGAGAGGAGAAAGAUAGAAAGGAAGAAGGAAAGGAAAGAAGGCGAAAGAAGAGGUGUAGGAAAUUAGAUAUAGAAUCGGUGCACGAUAGCGACGAGGUGCUUCCCAGGGAGGAGGUACCCCGGUGGAUCGUGCUUAAACUCGUGGAUCAGGAGCCGGCUAUGGGAAAGCUGGCAACGGCUGGUCGACUCGUGACCCGUGACAACGAGCAGCAAGAGGCAUCGGUGUGGUUGCUCGAGCGAAGCGGCGCCAGUUCCGGCCGCGCUCUCGUCGCGGUCCCUAUCGGCGGGGUCGCAGUCUGUGGCGUGAUCGUCCCGCAAGUCGAAUCGCCAGCACCGAUCCAGGUGACCGGCCGAAACGCGUUUACCGGCACUGCGUCCAGUUGCUUGGACAACGGUGCUCGAAAGGGGAAGGAGGAUCGUCGAACGAUAGCCCUGGUUGGAAUUUGUCGGACCAGACACCGGGCGCUCAUCGACGAUCCAGACUCUCGAUACUUGGUCGAGACGGCAACCGGCGGCGACCACGGUGCCGGAAGAGAUGACGCGGUGGUUCGCCUCGAAGGUUCGUCGUUCGAAUCUUCUCUAGGUCGGAAAUCCGGAUGGUGGUUCGACCGCGUCGUUAAACAGAAUACAAAGGAGAAGAGGAGAGACAUCGUUCAGCGGGAAUACCGUCCGAGAAUUUCCGACGAAUGGCGACGAGUGGCGCGUGAAGAAUCGUUGGAUCGGCGAACGAUCGUCGAGGGAAGGAGAUGCGAACGAUGUCGUCGACGUCGGUGGCUCAACGGAAGCAACGAAUCUUCUCGUCUGUUUGGAAUAGCGACGACGAUCGUGGCGGUUGUGGUGGCAGUAGCGGCGGCGGCGCUUUGCGUGCCGGCCGCGUCGGCCGUGCCGAUGCUGCCGCGGGAGAGUCCGCUCUCUCGAACCGGUCCUCGACACGACCUCGACCGCUCGACCGGUCUCGAGGACGUCUACGAGGACGCUUUCCGAGAAGAGGAUCGACCGACGACGAGGACCGUUCUCGACGAGACCGAGCUGGAUAUUAUCAGAAGGAGCAUCGCGCGAGGUCUUGGCCUCAAGAGGAUACCCGACCCCUCCAAGGCAAACGUCAGUCAAACCGAAUACGAAAGAGCACACAGAGAGUACCUGAUGAGAAUGCAGUCGCCAUUCGACGAGCAAACUUUUGAAAGCAAGAAGUUGCUACAUGUGUUUCCCGCUACAGCGUAUCCUGGAAACGAAUCGAGUCGAUUGGAUGGAACGAGCGAAAAGGAAAAACCCUAUCGUCACUGGUUAUUCUUUCCCGUGGAAAUUCCUCAGAAGGAUCUGGAUCAAACGUCGGUGGAUCACGCGACGCUGCGACUGCUGCUUCACGGGCCGACGACGGAUUACUACACCGAACGUUCCGAGCUGGAGGUGUUGUUCUAUCUCCGAAUUUCGUCAUUUCGUCGCUCGAGAAAGUUAAUCGGUCGUAGAAAAAUUCAGCUGCAGGACUCCCGAAAUCCAAGAUGGCUCGAACUCGACGUGACUCAGGCCGCUUCCUCGUGGAUCGAGACGCCGCUCGAGAACCUAGGAGUCGAACUGGAAUUUAUGGUGGACAGCGAACCGGUGACACGUACCUUUUCCUUGCCGGUUCUCAACGUGUUCACCACGACGUAUUCGGGCAGUGCCAGAGUAAAACGUUCUUCGCCCAAAGAUGUGAUGUCUCUGCACAAAGGUCGUAGGACAAAGUGCAAAGGCGAGAGUAAAAAGUGUUGCAGACACGAGCUUACCGUCAUGUUUAAAGACCUGAAAGGUUUCGAAUUUAUCGUUUACCCGAAAACCUUCGACGCUGGAUACUGUAAAGGGCGAUGCCCGCCUAGAUACAAUCCAGCUCAUCAUCACGCCCUUCUGCAAAGUCUGCUGUGGAAGGAAGAUAGAAAAAAAGUGCCUAAACCAUGCUGCGCGCCGAGUAAGCUCGACGAGUUGAUGAUCGUUUAUUUCGACGAGAACGAUGCUACUCAGUUGAAAAACUCUUACUGGAAGAACAUUCAAGUACUCGAAUGCGCUUGUUCCUAAAAAUAACUUUGUCCUUUCUUGCCGAAUGGACGAAUCGGCUAAAUGACCGACUGACCAACAGAGUUAAGGUUAUGUUUACAGUGGAUACUUGUUCGAACGAGCUUGAGUUUUAACCAACGAAACAUCCGAAGACUGCAAUGCAUAUAAAUAAUAUACUCGUAAAAAUCUAUAUACAUAUUUGAUUAGGCGGAUGUAUCUUGGUCGGAAUGUCAGUUUGUUCAAAUACCCAUCCACUGUAACCACAGUCUAAUUCAAUCAACUAAUUAGUAUAUGUACAUGUGAACGAACAACGAACGAGCGAACGAACAAACUAGUGAAUGGGAGCGAACGAUAGAAUAUAUAUGUAACACGUUCGAUCGAAACGACACGAUGAUACGGGUCGGUAAAUGCUGCGAUUAAAAACGUUGGUUAGAGAAUGACGAAAGGACAAGGGUUUUCAUAGUCGCAGACGACUCACCAAAGAAUCGUCCGAAUACUGUUCGGUUGUGUCACUUCUUCGUCGUUACUCGCGACAUACCGAAAACACUUGCUAUUAACGUAUCGCGCGAAACUUUCCUUUUCCGCUUGACCCCUUGUCCGCUUGGCACGUGCAUUUGCGAACGUUUCGAUCGAUAAAAGUUAUUCCGUAAAACGAAUGACGAAAGAUUUAAUCGUAUCGCUGAUAAACGUUCGAUUCGGUUCGACUCGAGGCAUCAUCGAAAGUCCAGGCUCUUGAUCCAGGCUUUCGCAUUGACUGUGAUACUAAAAGAUAUCUGGCGUUUCUUCUUGUAGUAAUCGUAUUUCACACUUUCAUCCUCUUUUGCCUUAUUUCCUCUUCUCUAUCUUAUUUUCUCCGCUAUUUUCUAUAUUCUCUCCUCCUCUCUCUUUUCUUCUUCUCUUUGUUUUUCUAUUUUGAUAUUGAAGAACCAUUAAGUGUAUAGAGUUAUCGACAACGAGAAGAAAGAAAUACCGCGACAGCAAUGUUUCGAUUAUUUGGUUAGUGUCACUCUUAAACGAAGUCUUAACCGGAACAAUUUAACUGCUUAUAAUUUAUUGUUCGAUCAAAUAUCGAACGAUGAAAACUGUUCCAUCUUUUUACAUACUAAAAUAUUAUCGAACGAAUCUUCGAGAGAUUGUGCGUUUUUUUACCAAUGAAAUUAUGUUAACGUUGUAUAGAGGAUUUGAUCGAAACUUGGUAGCAUAACCGAAGUUUGUGCACGGCGAAAAUCUCGCGAAUGCUCCUGCAACUAUAUAUAUAUAUAUAUAUAUAUAUAUAUAUGUAUAACACUUAUGGACUAUCACCCAGAGGACUUGCCUGUUUCGCCUUCGUUGUAAAUGUACAAACGUAUAACCGAAAUUAUAAUGGUCUCGCUGCACCUCGAUCAAAAGUUUAAAUGCGUUCUCAUGUCGUGACGCGAACAUAUAUCGUUCGCCGAGUCAAUUUCGAUCACGCACUAUAACCGUAACCUCGCGUUACAUGUAUUUGUCUAAUCGACUACUAUCGAUGAUGUAAAAUAAAAUUUUAUUCCUUAUUUAUAACCAAAUAACCCAUAACUGAUCUUGAUUGAACAAAAUGUUUCAUCCAACAGCCGGCAUAAAGAUUUACUCGGUUUUCUAACGCAACAAUGAUACGAAGCGCGACAGUAAGCAUUGCACAACAUGACACAUUCGAUAUAGGUUACACAGGAAGGAAUACGAAUCUACGAAUAAGGCAAACUUUUCAAUACCGUAGCAUGGAAAAGGUUAUCACCGUACGACAGCAAUAAACUUUCGCUGAAUGCGAUGUUUCUUACCCUACGUACGAAGCCAAAGGUCGCUUUACUGGCAUUAAAUUAUGCAAUCUAAGACAAUUCAUUCACAUUGUUGCGUUAUCUUUCAACGAGUUUAACUAACCUUUUACGGAUAGUAUCGUAAAUACGAAGCAACGUCGAUUUAUUCACGCAAUACAUGGGAAAUGAAUCAUUGAUUCAAUGAAAAUUUGGAAAAGAUUUUCG